CUGUUGCGGACUUGUGGUGUAUUACCAAAUGAACGUGUUUAAUUUGUUAUUUUAAACAUAUUAAAUGUAUUUGUGACAUUUUUAAUCAAAUGCCUCAAUAUUUUAUAUUCUUAUUUGUUUUUUUUUCACAAUUAAUUAUUACUAGUCCUUAUACACUUGUUGGACGUUUUGCUCAUACCGCAAGUUAUAUGGACAAUAAAAUUUAUUUUUUGGGUGGAAUAACAAAAGAUAAUAUUCGUGGUGCCAAUGAUUUUUUUUAUUUAGACGUUUCAAUGCCUUUUAAUUUGGAUUCUACUUUACCAAUAGUUGAUUUAAGUAACGAUGCUCAUCAAGUUUAUCCUCAUUUUUAUGGGGUAUCAACUGUUUGUGGUUCUAACAAAGAUACAAUCUUUCUAAUUUUUGGAGUUUCUAAAGAAAGUUUUUCUAGUUUUUCUUAUAGAUUUAUUAAUAAUAAAGAGUGGGUUCAGAAUACAUUCGGUGGUAUUGUUAAAUGGUCAUCAGCCGUCUGUAAUAACAAUGGAUCAUAUAUAUAUAUUUAUGGUAGUUAUGAUGUUAAUAAAUAUACGAUGACUAUUAUAGAUACUACCCGCUGGGAUUCAGCAUCGUCUGAUUUGAAUAUACCGAAUUAUCUUGGUCCGCCGAUCUUAUUACCAAAUGGAAGAAUUGCUUAUAUCGGAGAAAGAAACAUUCAUGAUUUAUUGGUUAAUCUUCGGAAUAUUCAUAUGUAUGAUACCAAUAAUGGAACAUGGGGAAAUAUGAGUACAAGUGGAAUUGAACCAUCACCUAGAAAUUAUCACACAACGGUCUUAACACAAAAUGGCCUUAUUAUCAUUUAUGGGGGAGCGAACAAUAAGGGAGCCCCUGUUGUCGAUCUAAUAUCAGUUUUAGACAUCAAAGUAAGCCCUUUUACAUGGUCCAUUCUUAAUGAUAUCGACCCUGUACCUAGAUCCGCACCAUACGGUGGACAUACGGCUACUAUUGUUGGAAAUUAUAUGAUUAUUGCAUUUGGAUUUUACCUUAAUGCUACUUCUCAACUUGCUGUUCUUAAUGAUCAAAUUCAUAUGAUUGAUGUGAGCGAAGAUAAUAAUUACAAGUUUGUUAAAAGUUUUACUCCAAAUAUUACAAAAACAGCCUACCCAACUGAAACACUUGCAACUAUUCCAAAUAUUACAAAAGCAGCCUAUCCAACUAAAUCAGCAAUAAUAGGUGGAACAACUGGUGGUAUUGCAACUAUACUAAUUAUUGUACCUGUUAGUUACUUAUUAUAUCGUAAAAAAAGGACUGUUAUAUAUGCUCCCCAAGCUAAACAUGCAAUUAACUGUUAAGUUUUAUAGAAUGUUAGAUGGGCGAUAAAAUACAUAAAAUACACAUAUAACAUGAUUACAUGAACAUACUAUAUAUGAUUAGACAUCUUAACCUUUUUUAAUUUGCUUCUAAUCUGUAAUAAUAAUUUUUUAUUUAAAAAA